GUCUUCAGUUCAUGGAGGUGGUGUUGCACAGCGCUAAAAGGUGUAACAUUACGGAUGGACAGAAGUUAAGACAUAGGGGACUGCCACUUCAGAGGUAUUUCUGCUCAGAAGUUCAGCCCCUCUUUGAUAAAUUCAGCUAGCUUUCAGAGGCCUAGGUUUUGUCAUCUCUCAAGGAAACUGCCAACCCAGCAACUUGGACAGUGUUCUCCUUUAUCCUUAACAUCUCUCUGUAAGUUCUUCUUGCUGAAAUCCUCUUUUAUGAACGUGAACAAGAUUUGAUCACAGCUUUCCUGAACAAGUGGAAACUAUUCCAUGACAACUUCUGAGACUUGGUUAUAACCAUGACAGAACCCAAGAGGGCUCAGUUCACUACUCUCUCAGGUCCACUGAGCAGUAAUUUCUUGAGAGAGGAUAUGGCAGGAGCGGAGCAGCCACAGACUUGUGAGCCAGCAGUUCGCAUCACACUUAAUCUUUUUGAGCCUGAUGAUGAGAGGUUUCCAGAGUUUUUCUACCCUGAGCUUCUUGAGAAAGCUCAAAGUGCUUCACCGGGAGCCAAGAGGAAAUACCCUGAUGAUUCCUUUGAUGAUGAGGAAAGAGAAAAACAUGAAGUGGAAGCUCCUGCCCAGGAGUUUGAAGAGAACUAUGGUGGCAAGAGACGCAGGACAGACCGUUUGCAGGACUUGGUGGAUAUAGGAUAUGGGUAUGAUGAAUCAGAUUCCUUCAUUGAUAAUUCUGAAGCAUAUGAUGAGUUUGUUCCAGCUUGUCUAACUACAGAAUAUGGAGGAUUUUACAUCAACUCAGAAACAUUGCAUUUCCACCAAGCAUCAGAUUCAGAGAAUGAUUAUUUUGAAAAGAAAAAGAAGAAAUCUCCCAAAAAGCGGAAGUCAGAACAAGGAGAUGAGAAUAUGACAAAGAAAAAGAAGAAAAAGAAGAAGAAAAAGAAGAAGAAAGACAAUUCUUAUGACCAGAAAAAGUUGAAAAAAUCCAAGUUUCCUAAAGCUGGCUUCAGGGUGCUGAAUGUCAGUAAGGAGGAGGAGAAGGGGGAAUCUUCUGGAGUGCUGAGCAUCGAGGAGGUGCUGCACAAAUUUCAGAAGGAAGAGGAAGCUCAGACGAAGAGAGGAGAGCAGAUUGUAAAACACUGCCCAACCGAACCUCCUGCCCCACUGGAAGUGUCUGAUCCCUUGCUCUUUUGCCAUGCCAGUGACAAUGCUUUGUCUGCUGCUGGUACAGACUCAUUGACUGAUCUAGACAUUGAGUGGCUCCCCAGUGAGUCUACAGAAAAAAGCCCCUGUCAUGAUGCAAAAGAUGGAAGUGACCCUUCUGGGAUAGGUUUGGAACAGAAAUUUAAACAGCCACCUUCCCUCCCAAAAGGACUACCCACUCCACUGGAAAGAUGCAUCAAGGAAUUGAUUCAUGCUGCCAUAGCUGCAGAAGACAAACAACAGUUCUUCACCCAGGAUAUCAAUAACAUCAUAAUAGACAUAGAACUGCAGACCCAGGAUCUGACCAGCCAGAUCCAAUCUGAAGUCUAUACCUAUCUGGCCACCUUUCUUCCUUGCAGCAAAGAUGCUCUGGUCAAGCAUGCCCACAAGCUUUAUGAGUGGAGUGAAUGCCUAAAGGACCCUCUCCAGAAACUGAAGGAAGCUAUUGGCAGGGUAAUUCCAGAACAGAUGGCAAAAUACCAGGAAGAGUACCAAAUUCAUACCCAGGCCAAGUUCGCUAAGAUGCUGGAAGAGAAAAAGGAAAAGAAGAAAGACUGGAUUUGCUCUGAGGUGGAAGAAGACCAAAAAAAGGGAAAAAAACGGAUCAUUGGACCACGAAAGAAAUUUCAGUGGAACAAAAAACUCAGGGAGCUGGUUCGCCAUGUGGUGAAGAUCAAAGUGGACAUCUAUGAGCUUGAGAAGAAUAAGGCUCAAUCUCUGGCAGAUUAUUUGAAGACUUUUCUAGAAACAGAAGUGAAACCCCUCUGGCCUAAGGGCUGGAUGCAGACCAGUACACUGUUAAAGAAAACAAAGAGUGUGCAUAGUCACCUGACAUCCAUCCUGGUAAAGAAGAAAAUGAUGGCUCCUCCAAAGGUGAAAGUGAAAGAAUGUUCCAUUAAGCCAGAUAAAAAUAUGUCUGUUUCCUUGCCAUUGACCCACUUGAAUGAUGCAGUUUCUCCAUCUCUGGAGCCCCAGGGAGCAGGCCUGGGCAUCAGGACCCAGACCAAAGAGCUCUUGGCUCUCAGCGCAUCCCAAGUACCUAAUAGUGCUUCCAGUCUGUCUGCCAUCAGUAUGGGUGACUCCCUGGAUGAAAACUUAAUUCAUGACCCAACCUCUUCGUUGGAAGCUGUCUCUAAAGAGCUGGCUAUGCUGAACAGCAGAGUGAACAGGAGCCCUGAUUUCACCCUUCCCAGUCCACCAAAGCCUCCUUCAGAGAACAUCAUAACUCUCGUCACUUCAAAGAACAGGAAUUUUCCUAAAUCCAGCUCUUUGCCUUCCUGGUCUCCUGAUAGCUCUCUCCAGUCACCUCUCAAUUUCCUGGAUCAGCAGGCACUGGAAUUAAAACAGUCCUUUCAAGACAAAAAGCCAGAAAGUUCCAGUUACAAGGAACUGCCCCUCCAAGCCUCCCCUAGUAAUAUACUCCCCAGUGCAUGCCAGGCCAACCAGAACCAUCAUAGCCUGCAGCAAUCAAGCCAUGAGCUCCAACUAUCAACAUCUGUGCCAGCCACCCAGGUGAAGGACUUUUACUCAAGCAACAAGCAGCAGAAAAACGUUGCAUCUUCAGCUCCAUUCAUUGAACUGCAGAGCAGCAAGUCUGCCUCCCCAGUGCCCCAGUGCUUCCGCCUCCAGCAGGUCAAUAAAUCAGCUCUGAGAUUCCAUUCCUCCGCUUCAUCAGAUGGAAGCAGCACCCCAGCUGUGAUCAGUUCUCCCAACACCCCAGGCUUUUCUGUGCCAACUCUAAGCUAUAUGGGGAAGCACUCAGCUAGCUCCAGCUCUUCAGGAGAAUCCAACAAAUCUUCUUUCAUUUCCAGGUCCCUUUCUACACAUAGAGCUUCUUUCAGCAGCUCCUCAUGUGAUGCAUCUUCAAACCAGAGCUUCUCCUCAGGGAGCUUUCUCCCUGGCAUGCAGACAUGUUUCCCAGAACAGACCCCCGGCUGCUCAUCCCCAAGCUCCACAGUGAAGAAAACUCCAGUCUCCCAGAAGUUGAUUCUAGUAGCACCACCUAGUGGACCAAAUGGAGGUUCAAGUACGGGGACUCAGGGAGUAGCCAAGUUACUGUUCUACAUGCAGCCACCUGUAGUUAGCAGUGCUCCAUCUUCGGCCUCUGUUCCAAAAGAAACUAGUGGAGCCAGGCUGCUAAACCGCUCUUCUUCCGUAAGUGUACUGCCUCCCUCCAGUGGGUCCAGCAAUAUAAAGUUUCCAGGUGUUCUGAGCUCUUCCCCAGGGGGAAUUGAAUCUCCUAUCCAUUCCUUCCCUCUUAACACUAUCUCCAGCUCAGGCACCUCUCCCAAAGCAGAAGUAUCAAAGGAUGCCAUAGUCACAGGUCUUGCCCCAGGAUCAUUCCACCAUGGCCCUGGCCUCAAUGUAUCUCAGCUUCAUGGCAAAGGUUCAAUGUACAGCAGUGGAAGUUAUGACUCCUGGAAGGGGAGGAGCUCGCACCAGCACAAGACAGACUCCCAAGGAACAAAUAAGAAAGGCUCAGUGCUGACUCCAGCACGUUUUAUCUUUUCCUCACAGCAGCAGAAAGAACUGAACUAAGGGAAGAAUUUCUCAGCACCUACUUCCAGGGGCUUCCCAAAAUGGGCCCUAGCAUGACUUACCUUUAAAGAAGUGCCUGUUGAAUUGUUCCACUGCUUUCACCCGUCAUGCAACCCUGGCACUGGAAUUCAUCGGAAAUUGUAGGCAUCCCUGAGCUAUGUGGGGAAGCACUCAGAGAUGGUACAUCUUGCAAGAAUCUGAGCACCACUGGCCCAUCACCUGUAUCUACCCCUGCUAUGUACUUCCUACCUCCAUUACCUUCUCAGUGUCCCAAGGGAGUAUGUGAAAGGUGCUUAUUUCUAUUCUAGCUUUACUUAGACAACUCUCUCAUUGCCAGUGCUUUCUGAAAAUAUUGACUCUGUUCUAAUUUUUCAAUUGUACUAUAAAGCUGUGCCAGAGGUGAUUGGAAAAUCUAGUACUUCCUCUGUGGUUAACAUAACAAAUCACCUGAUAUUUAUUUCUGGAGGAGAAUGAGGACUCUUUAGAGAUGAUUUUGGAUGUGCACAACAAAAUAUGAAAUGAUUCUACAUCUUUUUUUUUUCCUUUCCUCCAAAGGGAUACUCUUUUUUUUUAAUGCUCAUUACCUUUGAAUCAGAUGGGACACUCCUCAGCAUGUCACGUGUACAGGAAGACAUAAUUCCAGUGCCUUUAUGACGUAGCACAAAUGGACUAAUGACACAUGUUUUGAAUGCUCUUUUACCUUUUUUUCAUCAUUCUGUAUUUAAGAUGCAUUCAUUUUAUUUAAUAGCACUUUGUUAUGGUACAUACCAAGAGCUGAACUCUUAGGACUUAAAUGGUGACUUGGUUACUCCAGGUCCAGUAACAAAUCCGGCAAAAUCACCAUUUUGUAUUUGAUUUGAACUUGUGCAAGUGGGUUCCAGGCCUUCCUUAUAAGCCAUUUUUACUAGCGUCUUAAGUACUGAUCUCUGGUGAGCGGAGAGAAUAAUAUAGAUUAACAAAGGUUGCUGCUGAUAAUCAAAUGCAUUCCCAUAAAUAUUGCUCUACUUGCUGACUUCUGGACUAAAAGAAUAUUCCUUUUCAAAGCUGCAGAAAUGGCAGAUUGGCUAGCUUGGGAGUGUAGUUGGUUUAGCUUUAGAUCUGUGUGCUAACCUCACUUUCUUUUUACACCCCCUUUGGAUGUGUGUGUAAAUUGAAGGCAGUCUAUGAUUCUCAGAUGCAAAACCCUCUUGAACUGUAGUUGCAGUGUUGUGAUAUCUGACACUGCAACCAGGUUUGAUUUAUCUGGGCUUCAGAAAGAAUAGGACUGAUCCAUUAAAGAAACCAUACAUAAGCUGGCGAAUCCCCUUCCAGUGCUUCAGGGGGAGUUCUGACAAGAGUAUAUAUCAGCAAACAGUCAUCCUAGUUUUCUCUAUUAAAUAACAGAAAUGGGAGAAAGAGAGAAAGAAAGAGAAUGAGCCCUUGUUAGUUGGAUGAGGAAUAUACUUAGAUUGCAGUUGUAAAUCAGUCAGGUUUCUCUAAACUUUGCUGAGUUUCACUGAGAGUAUUUCAGAGGCAAGUGAAAAUUUUGGGUUAAACAACCAGAAAACUAUUUUCAUUUGUUCAUUCUAAGAUAUGUAUUUGGUGCAGGCAGUGCCGUUAGAGAAAAGCCAUGGACACUUCAUUAUGUACUUGUGUGUAACCAAACAGAUUAAAAAAAAAGAUGUUUGUUCUGUUCCUGUAUGCAAAAAACAUCCUCCAACUACCUAAUUUGACAGGAUAACUUAAUGUAUGCUUUUUAAAAGCAUUUAGUCCUUUACACUUGUAAUCUUUGAAGAUGAAUACUAAUCCCACACUGAGGUUAAUUGGCUUCAUCAGUUUCAUGGGAACAGGAUUUGGUACCAAAUAGUUAGUAUUUUUGAAGACAAGUCUCUCUUUUUUAUCUUAUGGUUGCUCUAAUAGUGUCAUUUUCAAGGACCCUUCAAUUUUUUAAUCAAAUUGAGGUAUUUUGAAGUUUCCUAGUUUUUUGUAGGGAAAUGAUUUCACACUUUAUUUCCAGACCUAUUGAAGGCAUGUUAGGUUGUUUUCCAAAAAUGCUAGUCAUUGUUUAAAAUCUUAGCCUAACAUACAAACAAUGAAAUAGCAACAGUUAUAUUUUCAAAAGCACCCACCCAGUAAAAGUAUUUGACUAUUUUGAAAACUAGGAUUCGAUGCACAGAAAUGUUGUGUGCACAGAAAACAGAGAAUUUAGAAUGACUUGAAAACAUUUGACAUUUCUGAAACUCAAGAAUUGGGUGACUGAUUUGUGGGCCCAGAAUAAAGUCCUGGUAAAUGAAUUAACAUUUAAAACAUUGUUGCUGAAAGGUUAGUGGAAAGUGAACUAAUUCUAAUUGAGAAGAGGAGCAAAUCCAUUCUGCAGGAUUCUAGGUUACAGAGAGACUGUGUUAAAAAUGUUCUCAGUAAAUUUGAAAGUUUCUAACAUUUUUCUGGUUCAAAUAGGUUCAAAGCAUAUUGUUUCAUCAGUUUUGGGGCAUUUUUUUUUUCUCUUCAAAGCUUUGAGACAGGCUGAGAACUUGAAACCUUCCUUUGGACGGUCAAAUCUCAAAGAUUUUUUUUUUCUAUUUUAGAACAAUGUAUCUUGAAAACAAAAUGAAUGCACUUCCACUCACUUGGACACAGUAUUUAGGUAAUCAGAGCACUUGAGGUGCAAAGAAAGAGGAAGUCUGUCUGAAAAAAGUAUCUGUAUCCUGAGGGAUUUCCUCAUGGUCUCCUUAGUUGCCUUAUAGCUCCAAUCCUGGGUUGUGUGAUUUCUCAAACACCCAUCAAUGCUAUUUGUUUAUUUGGGCAGAAAUAGAUUCAUUCUGGUGAAAUCCAGGAUACUUGAGGCAAAUCUCACAUUCGCUUUAGUAGAGCUAGGAUUUUAACUUCUGUUUCUUCUCUUGCAUGGUCUGAGCCAGCUACAGGGACUGAUGUCUGGAUCCUAAUCAGGAGUUAUAUUCUGUAAAAGCACAUAGUAGCUUUGGGUUGCAUAUAGACUUUCAAAAUCUGAUAUCACUGGAGUGAAGCAAUUUAGACUGCUUUGCUUCAGGGUCUUUAUUAUUGUAUUACUGUUCAUUUACAUUGUGUUAUAUUAGUGUUCUCACAAGUUGGGUUCCUUCAAAAAUAGCAUGUUCAUGCAUCAGCAUCUACAUUUUUAAAUUCUGAAGUACCAUGAAUGAUCUUUGAACUUACACAACACAAAGCAAUUCAGUUGGGAACUUGCUUGGCUCUAACAUUUGAGCAGAUUUAUUUAUACAGUCUGCCUUCAUGGUCUGAAGAUUUGUAUAGCAGCAUAUCUAGUUUCUGCAACUAGAUGAUUAUCCUUGUGUCCAUUUAACUUUGCUAUGAAAACAGAAUUUUUUAAAAUUAAAAACAACAACUUAUGCCUUUUUAUUAAUUUCUGUAUGUACUGGUAUAGAUUGGGUUGUAUAGACUCCACUGCUGUCAAAGUGGGCAGAUUAUCUCUCUAUUGACUUCAGUGGACUUCAGUAGUAUUAAGGCCAGAAUUAUGAAGUCCUUAAUGUUCUCCACAAUUUGUAGGCUAGGCCCUAUAUGUGUCUGUGACUUAUGGGGCUGGACAGAGAGAACAGAAGGUUCUGUGUGUUUCAGAUAGACCUCUUUAUUUUUAAGAAGAUUUUAGUUGUGGAAGUGUUCAAAUAAUUCCAUCAAAACAUGUACAUUGUUCAUUUUAAAAAUCCCCAGUUUCCUGGCUGGUAUAAGCAGAUGAUGAAGAAGGGGUCAUUUCUGAACCAGUGUCCUCAGUAGACAAUGGACAAGUUCUUCUCAAAAGCUGAAGUAAAGAACUGUACAAAGGAAAGAUUCUUUUUUUUAAUUGGUUUUACAAAACCCAGGCAGCAUCUUGCAUGGUUCUGAGAGCCAUGUACUGAUAACUUAAAUAUUAAUUUACUUACACAUGUUUGGUAAAGAGUAGUCCAGUAGGGCUUUCUAUUCAUUUAAAUUGUCAUGAGAUUUUUGUUGACGUUAGAAGGAAUAUCGUAAUAUAUAUAUGUAACUAAAUAGAUUCUCCUUAUAGUGCUAGUGAGUCUGUGUCCCCAUUUUUCUUUUACUUUUUUCAUCUUGUUCUAUAAGAAUAUCUGAGAAUCAGGAGUCAGAUAAUGGGGUGUAGAAAGAGAAGCUGAUUACUAUGCAGUCAUAAAAUUAGCAUCAGCAGAUUAGGAUUAUCAGAAGUAUGGUGUGUUUCUGGUUGCUAUUGCGGACUUCUAAGAAAGGAAAGAGCUGUGUCCCAAAGCUCCCAACCAGUUGUCUCCAAUGGAAAGUGAAAAGGAUUAGCAUCUACUAUGACGAAUUCGGUGCCUCUUGGAUUCAGCCCUAAAGAUUUCCCUUUGACUUCACUGGGAUUGCAGCAGGCCCUAAACACUUGAAAUUACUUUACUUCUAAGUCAGUGAUGAAACUUCCAUUGACUUCAGUUAAACGGAGGAAUAGGUUUUAAGUGUGUAAAUAAAAAAUAACUUUUUCUGCAUUGCAGGAUGUAUGCAAAUAAAAUAUGGUUACUGUCUGAGACCUAUAUGUGAUACAAAAAGACAUUGGAUCAGUUUAUAUAUAUGCAGACUGUAGUAUUGAAGAUAUGCAUCACCUUCUAUGAGAUAGAGAUUAUAUGGUAGACUAUUGUAUUCAGAGAGAAUUCAAAAUAAAAAUAU